UCUCUUCCUCGUCAAAAUCUCGAUCCCUUUGAAACUCUUCAUCGUUUUACCGUCUUAGACAUUCCUUUUUUGCCGGAAAUCUCACCGGAGAGGUGAUUCUGGUGGAGAAUCUCGGUCUUACCGGGUGAAAAUGGGAUCGAAAACCGCUUCUGUCUUGGCUGAUCAAGUGAAUUCCAGCGUGGGCUCCCCUAACAACAGGUCUACAAAAGGUAAAGCUCCCAGAAGCACAAACAAGGCCGCCCGGGAGAAGCUUAAACGCGAGCAUCUGAAUGAGCUCUUUCUCGAACUAGCCAACGCCCUCGAACUCGAUCAGCCGAACAGUGGGAAAGCCUCUGUUCUGUCUGAGGCGACACGGUUCUUGAAGGAUCUGUUUGGUCAGAUCGAGUGCCUCAGGAAGGAGAACGCUUGUCUUUUGUCUGAAUCUCACUAUGUAACUGCGGAGAAGAAUGAGCUAAAGGAAGAAACUUCGGCACUCGAGACCCAAAUCUCGGAACUGCAAACCGGGAUAGAAGCGAGGGCAAACCAAUCGAAACCGGACAUAAACGCUUCUUCACCGCCCGAGAACCAACACCGGCAUACUGAACUUGCAUCCCGUUUUCCAGGACUACCCGCUUUCCGAGGCGGCUACUUAGUAGAGCAACAGCCUUCUGCUCCCACCACCACCGUUCUUGUCCUCCCCGUCCAACCCGAUCUCCAAACAUAUAACAUUGCAGAUACAACACAAACGGUCGUGAAACAGAGUUCGAACGUGAGGAAGCCGCACCCGAGGUAUCCAAGUGUGGCCGACUCGUGGCAGUCUCGGUUGCUAGCAGACAGAUCAGAUGAGGGCGAGUGAAGAAGCUCUGGUCGGUGGUAACAGCAGCAACGGGAAGUGAACUUGUGAAAAUGUGGUCGGGAGAAAGGUGUCGUAGCUGUCUGUCUUUUGUCAUUACUGUUGCGUGCGUGUCGAUGAAGAGAAAGAGUGAACUCAAAUUUGGAGUGUUAUUCUCCGUUAUCCAUGAAAUGAAGAAUCGACUUCUUUAUUA